UCCGUUUGACCGGCCUUCAUGGACCGGAUCCCUCCUGGUUCUGCUCCUCUCUAACGGGCUGCAGAAUCUGAAUCAUCUCUGGAACACAAACCUGGAACCUUUUCUCUCCUCUCUGCGUCAUGUCUUUAUGCACCAACACUAAAGCGCGCUUCUCCGUGAGGGACAUCCUGGAUCUACCGGACCAGACCUCCGGUACCGGGACAUGCGGCUCCGGUACCGAGGAGACCGAGCUGGAGGACACCACCGAGCAGGUCCCCCGGUCGGAGACAACAACCGGGCAGAAGUGUGGAUUUAGCGGCCGGAGUGGAAGCUUCAGCCGGUGGAGCCGCGGAUCCGGUAACCUGCACUUCUCAUUGCACGGUAUUUCCGUAGAGUCCCAUACGGAGUCCAGGUCUCCGGAGCUCUCCACGGACGAGUCCCCGGACGCGGAUCCGGAGCGGCGGGAUGCGGCGAGUGACGCGGCGCAGAAGAGCCGCGGCAGGAAGCGGCGCGUCCUCUUCUCCAAAGCGCAGACCUUCGAGCUGGAGCGGCGCUUCCGGCAGCAGCGCUACCUGUCCGCCCCCGAGAGAGAACACCUGGCCGGGCUGAUCCGCCUCACCCCGAACCAGGUGAAGAUCUGGUUCCAGAACCACCGAUACAAGAUGAAGCGCUCUGAGCAGCACUGCAGCCUGGAGGCGCUGCAGCUGCAGCUGCUGCCGUCACACCGCGUUACCAUCCCGCUGCUGAAGCCCUGCGACCGGAUCACAGCGCAGGACCUGGAGGUGACGCUGCAGUCCGGGUCCGGGUCUGGGCUGAGCCUGCCUCUGUGCGCCUACAGCCAGCUGUUGCACCCCGGCUACGGCCCGGAGCACACCGGCCUGCCGCAGCAGCACCCGGGCCUGCAGCAGCUGGCGCACAUGUUCCACUGGAGCUGGUGAGGCCCA